AGGUUUUCACACUGCAAAAGCUAGACCACUCUCAUCACCACUCCUCACACACGUGUCAGCGCUACAGGACUUACUUCCGGUUCAACAUGGCGGCAUCCGUGGCAUGUCAGGCGGCUGUGAGAGGGCUUCGAGCGGCGAGCACUAAACAACUGCUUGUGAGCCGAAACCAGUUAGUUAGGGUAAGUCCCAGAAGAUGGCUGAACCUGCAAGAGUACCAGAGCAAGAAGCUGAUGCAGGACAGCGGCGUGACCGUACAGCGCUUCUUUGUGGCUGACACUGCCUCUGAAGCCCUGGAGGCCGCCAAGAGACUCAAAGCAAAGGAGAUUGUCCUGAAAGCUCAGAUUUUAGCAGGAGGAAGAGGCAAAGGAGUGUUCGACAGCGGCCUGAAAGGAGGGGUGCAUUUAACAAAAGAUCCUGCUGUUGUUGGAGAGUUGGCCGGUAAGAUGCUCGGCUUCAAUCUGACCACCAAACAGACCCCUAAGGAAGGUGUGAAAGUAAAAACGGUGAUGGUUGCUGAAGCUCUGGAUAUCUCCAGGGAAACAUAUUUUGCCAUCCUGAUGGACCGUUCCUGUAAUGGACCCGUGAUGGUGGGCAGCCCUCAGGGUGGUGUGGACAUCGAGGAAGUGGCUGCCAGCACACCAGAGCUCAUCUUCAAGGAAGUCAUCGAUAUCUUCGAGGGGGUCCGAGACGACCAAGCGCUACGUAUGGCAGCUAAUUUGGGAUUUAAAGGACCGUUGGAAAGACAGGCUGCAGAUCAGAUUAAGCGACUCUAUGAUCUGUUCCUCAAAGUCGACGCCACUCAAGUCGAAGUCAAUCCACUCGGAGAAACACCCGAGGGACAAGUAGUGUGCUUUGAUGCUAAAAUCAACUUCGAUGACAAUGCAGAGUUCAGACAGAAAGCGGUGUUUGCCAUGGACGAUACCGCAGAGAGCGACCCCUUGGAGACCGAAGCAGCCAAAUACGAUCUCAAGUACAUCGGACUGGAUGGAAACAUAGCCUGUUUUGUUAAUGGUGCUGGCCUUGCUAUGGCAACAUGUGACAUCAUCGACUUGCAUGGUGGAAAGCCUGCUAACUUCCUGGACCUGGGUGGAGGUGUAAAGGAGAACCAGGUGUACGUAGCCUUCAAGCUUCUCACUGCCGAUCCCAAGGUAGAGGCUAUCCUGGUAAACAUCUUCGGAGGAAUUGUUAACUGUGCCAUCAUUGCUAACGGCAUAACCAAGGCCUGCAGAGAACUGGAGCUCAAGGUUCCUCUGGUGGUCAGGCUCGAAGGAACCAAUGUUCAGGAGGCGAAGCGUAUUCUGUCUGAGAGUGGGCUGCCCAUCACCUCUGCCAGUGACCUCGAUGAUGCCGCCAAGAAAGCUGUUGCCGCCAUUGCCAAGAAAUAAAUGCAUUUAUUCACACACACCUUUCUUACACACCUCACCAACAGAGCUGUGGCCAGAAUCACAUGAUAUGAACAGAGCCUUACACACUUCACGCACACACACGCCUGAAAAGCUUCAUGCUGAAACAUACAGUACCAGCCAGUUAGAGUCAUUGGGCAUCUUGUCCAGUUUUUCCAGGGACAAUAGUGUAUUUGAGAACCUAUAUAUAUAAAUAUAUAUAUAUAUAUAUAUAU